UAACCUGUCCAGAUAAAGGCGUGGGAAGUGACAAACACCAAUACGUUCCAAUCAACGUUACACACAACUUCUCGAAGUAUCGUUCCAAACACAGUCAUGUUCAAGCUGCUUGGUGUAACUGUGACCCUCAUCUUGGCUACAGCCACGGGUGUGGUUUGGUGUCAGUCCUGUCCAAGCGGCUUCCUGCACCACGACAACUCCUGCUACAGCCUCAUCCGUGUGCAAGCAUCGUGGGCGGAGGCAGCCGUGUACUGUCAGGCUAUAGGCUCCCACCUGGCCUACGUGGAAGAUGCCUCGGAACACUCCUUUGUGGAAGGCUAUCUCAAACGAGAAGAUUCUACUAUUAAAACUGAUGGUAUCUGGAUCGGUGGGUUGACAUACCUGGUACAGGACGACUGGCAGUGGGGAUUUCAAAAUACCCGGAUCGCCAAUACCUGGUGGCUACCUGGAGAACCCAAUAAUGACAACGGUCACCAGCACUGUCUCAUGUACAAGAAAGGAGGGUACACGUGGGAUGACAAUGAAUGCCACGACACCGAGUUUUUCUUAUGUGAACUGGAGCUCGAGUCCACCCCUGGAAUAGUUGGGAAAUAACAGUGGAAGAAAGUCCGGCUUUGAGGAUAACAGUUCUUGUGUCCCUAGAAACAUUGAUGUUCUGUAAAAUAGUAAUGUGUGGCAGGGUUUAAAAUGUACCUGUUAAUAAUUACUGACGGAUACAUUGAUUGUAUACUCUAGUGAUACCACUGCAUGAUUGUAAACUAUUUAUUAUGUCUGUUCAUUCUGAAGAUGCAUGGCUUCUGGAAAUGCUUACAAAGGACACGGACUAGGUAUUAUCACUUGCUAUUUAAAUUAGUUACGGUAUUUGCAUGAAUAGUACAUGAUUAAUGAUGCCAGAACAUUAAAUUUUUAACGAUUUUGAA